ACCAAUUAGUUGAGUGAGAUGUCCGUUACAGAGAGGACGUUUAUGAUUUUUAUGUGUUCUUUUAUUUAUUUCGAUAUAGAAAAGUUUUUGUGCAAAAAUGUUGGUGCCAAGUGUAUUUCUAACUUAAAAAUACUUUCUUAAAGUAUUUUCAACGUGUAAAAUGCUUCAAAAUGCCGUGUAUCGUAUCAAAUCACUUUCCGCGCGGGGCCUUCCAUCUCCAGUCUUUAGCGGAACGAGUGAGCCGUGAUCAAGAACAGCUCCCAGUUCUGCCACCAUUACACACCACACCCAGAGAUGUUAACGUACCAGUGGUAUACGCUGAGAGUGCAGCAUGUUCCCGUAGCACCUAUUCGCCUCUUCAGGCUUUAAGUGAGAGUACCUGUCGGGACCAUGGCGCCCAAGCCGCGCCUCCUCCGCCGCAGCCUCUGCCAAGAAUGCAGGUGUCCAAUCAAAACGUCACCCUACACCCUGCAGUCGCAAGAUGUACAGCCUCCUUAGAGCUUGCUGCCCUCUGGAGGAAUUUUCACGAACUCGGCACAGAAAUGAUAGUAACCAAAGCUGGCAGACGAAUGUUCCCCGCGUUGCAGGCGAGGUUAUCUGGUCUUCUGCCCAAUGCCGACUAUUUGUUGCUAGUCGACUUUGUACCGUUGGAUGAUAAGAGAUAUCGAUAUGCAUUUCACAGUUCAAGCUGGGUCGUAGCGGGAAAGGCGGAUCCAGUGUCGCCCCCUCGGAUCCACGUUCAUCCCGAUUCACCCGCCGCCGGCGCACAUUGGAUGCGGCAACUGGUCUCCUUUGACAAGCUUAAGUUAACCAACAAUCAGUUAGAUGAUAAUGGUCAUAUAAUACUCAACUCAAUGCACCGCUAUCAACCACGUCUUCACGUCGUCUACUUGCCUGGUGAAGGGCAAAGCGCGGCGCCGGGGACUGUGCCCUAUAGGACGUUUAUAUUCCCCGAAACGGGCUUCACGGCUGUCACUGCCUAUCAGAACCAUAGAAUAACGCAAUUAAAAAUAGCAAGUAAUCCAUUUGCCAAAGGGUUCCGGGAUUGCGAUCCAGAUGAUUGUCCCCCAGACCAAAGCCCACAAAGGAGUGUGCCUCGAAGACGUGAGCCCCAACAAGCCGAGCCCUAUUCAUUAGCGCAGCCAUACGCGGCUGACCCUAGCUCUAGUGGACCCUUGUACCCUGCGCACGCGCAUCCUGUCAGAUACCAGCCGCACGCGGGUCACAAUAGCGCCUACUCAGCGUAUUACGCCCAUAGAUAAACUUAAAUAAAACUAUAAAUAAGUAUGUGAUAUAGAUUAAAGACAGACUAUGAACACGUAUAAGACGUUAAAUUAUUAAUCCAAAGAUCCAAUUUAAUUUCAUAAACGAUUUUGAUAUAGGCAAAUGUAACUUAUAUUUAGGUUCAAGCUAUAGAAAUUGAAGAUCGAAAUAAAUCAGAUUAUAUAACUUUAUUAGGAAAAACAGGUCAGGUGACUAUUUUAAUAUACUAAUAUAAACAAUUUUAUUAUUGUGUUACGUUAAACAAUAUUGUCUUGUUUUUUUACAUAAUCAAACCAAAAUGUAUAUACUGAUAGAUGCACAAACGUCAAUCCCAUUUUUGACAUUCGGGAGUCACACUUAGCGCAGUCUCUCCAUAGAUUCUCAAUUUGAUAAGGUGCUUAAAAACGUUUUCGAUAUACGCAAAUGUAAAUUACAACUUAAAUCUAGGUUAAAGAUAUCAUAGCUUUUAAGAAUUGAGAAAUUUAAACCUUCAGGUUUAAAUUUCUCAAUUCUUAAGCUAAAUUUAAAUUCUUAAAAUUUAAAUUUUCAAAUCGAAAAAAAUCUAAUUAUGUAACUUAAGAAAAAAUAGGACUAUUGUAGAACAAAUAUUGUAAACACUAAUAUAAAUAAUGUAUUGUUUUGUUUUAAGCGUUCAAGUUUUGCGCACGUAAUUUUUGGAGAUUCUUGACCCCCCAUGUAACGCACCGUAACGUUUUUCUAUACCCAAUAGUAAAACGUUUCGUGACCACCCAGUGACUCUUUAUA